GGAGUUUGAAAGAGCGAGGCGGGCGGUGGAGUGGCGCCUCGUGGGCGGAGCGCGGCUCGACGGGUCUCCCGAUUGAUAUCGCGACAGACGCCCCGACAUCCCGCGCCGGGAGGAUCCGCGGACAGCCGGAGCCGGAGGCGAAGGAGGGUCCACCAUGGCCCGGGAGCUCCUUUCCCCCCCGACCCACCUGCUGUCGGACGAGGACGAGGCCGUCUCGCCCCUGUUCGAGUCCACCGCGGCCGACUUCGUGGCCGGCCCGCGGAAGGACCUGCUGGCCGACUUCUCCACCGUCUCGCCCGGCCCGGAGGGCAGCCGGCGGCAGGCGGAGGAGGAGGCCGGGAAGGUGAAGGUUUACCUGCGUGUCCGGCCCCUGCUGCCGUCCGAGGUGGACAGACACGAGGAGCAGGGCUGCGUCCUCAUCGAGAACCCCGAGACCGUGGUCCUGCAGGCGCCCAAGAAGUCCUUCGCCAUGAAGAGCACCGAGCGCGGGGUGGGCCAAGCCACUCACCGCUUCACCUUCUCCCAGGUCUUCGGGCCGGACGUGGGCCAGGCGUCCUUCUUCAACCUGACGGUGAAGGAGAUGGUCAGGGAGGUCCUGAGCGGCCAGAACCGGCUCAUCUACACCUACGGGGUCACCAACUCGGGCAAGACCCACACGGUGCAGGGGACCCACGAGGACGGGGGCAUCCUGCCGCGCUCCCUGGCCCUCAUCUUCAGCAGCAUCCGGGAGCGGCUGGCCGCGGCCGCCGACCUGAAGCCGCUGCUGUCCCACGAGGUGGUCCGGCUGGACGCCGGGCAGGGCCGCCAGGAGGAGGCCCGGAAGCAGGCCCUGCUGAGCGCCGGCUCGCGGGAGGACGACUGGCCCCCGAAGCCGGGCCGGAGCACGGAGCCGGCGACCCCGCGGGCGGGCGCCGGCGCCAGCUUCGACAGCGGCGUCGCCGGAUUGUCCUCCUCCAGCCACGUCAGCAGCCGGGGCAGUGCCGGCGGUAGCCGGCUGGAAGAGCCGAGCGCCCGCUGGGCGGAAGCGGACGACGCCCCGCCGGCCGGGGACGUCCGGUUCUCGGUCUGGGUGUCCUUCUUCGAGAUCUACAACGAGCUCAUUUACGACCUCCUGGAACUGCCCGGGCCCAGCCACAAGAGACAGACGCUGCGUCUGUGCGAGGACCAGAAGGGGAACCCCUACGUCAAAGACCUGAGUUGGGUCAACGUGCGGGAUGCGGACGAGGCCUGGAAGCUUCUGCGCGUGGGACGAAUGAACCAGACCUUCGCCAGCACCCACCUGAACCACAACUCCAGCCGCAGCCACGGCAUCUUCUCCGUCCGCGUCCUGCACCUGCAGGGAGACGGCGAGGAGGUCCUCAAGAUCAGCGAACUGUCCCUCUGCGACCUGGCCGGGUCCGAGCGCUGCAAGGAGCAGAAGACCGGGGAGCGUCUGAAGGAGGCCGGGAGCAUCAACACGUCCCUGCACACCCUGGGCCGCUGCAUCGCCGCCCUGCGCCAGAACCAGCAGCCGCGGCCGAAGCCGAGCCUGGUGCCCUUCCGCGACAGCAAGCUGACGCGCGUGUUCCAGGGCUUCUUCACGGGCCGCGGCCGGUCCUGCAUGAUCGUCAACGUCAACCCCUGCGCCUCCACCUACGACGAGACCCUCCACGUGGCCAAGUUCUCCGCCUUGGCCAGCCAGCUGGUCCACGCGCCCCCCGUGAAGCUGGGGCUCCCCUCCCUGCACUCGUUCAUCAAGGGCCACGGGAGCCUCCUGGUCGCCCCCGGCCCGGAGAAAGAGGCCGGGCGGGGCCCGGCCUCCGCCGAGGAAGAGGACGACGACGACGAGGAGGAGGAGGAAGGCAGUGGCGACGACGAGGACUUCUCCCUCUGUGAGAAGGAAAAACUGCUGCAGGUGGUGGAGACGCUGAAGAAGCUGCUGCUGCGAGAGCGGCGGGAGAAGCUGCAGCUGGAAAUGCGGCUCCGCAACGAGAUCUGCAACGAGGUGGUGGAGCAGAUGCGGGAGCGGGAGCGGUGGUACAGCGAGCACCUGGACACCCAGAAAGAGCUCCUGGAGGAUCUGUACGAGGACAAGCUGAAGAACCUGAAGGAGUCGCUGACGACGUAUUACCGGGAGGAGCUGCGGGAGCGGGACGAGCAGAUGGAGGAGCUGGAGGCGGCCCUGCAGGAGGCCCGGCAGCAGGCGGCGGAGGCCGGCCUCCCCCCGCGGCGGUCCCGGCGACUGGCCGCCGCUUCCGGCCCGGAGCGGGAACUGCAGGAGGCCAAGGCCAAGCUGGCCCAGUGCCAGGAGGAGCUGAGCUCCGCCCGGCGCGAGCUGCACGGGUACCAGAAGAUGCCGGAGCCCCCGCCCUCGCCCUCCAAGCCCUUCGCCGGCGACGCGGACAGGAAGCUGGAGGAGGGGCAGAAGAACGUGAGGCUGCUGCGGGCGGAACUUCAAAAGCUCGGCCAGUCCUUCCAGUCGGCGGAGAGGGCCUGCUGCCACAGCACGGGGGCGGGCAAGCUGCGCCGGGCCCUGGCCGCCUGCGACGACAUCCUCGGCAAGCAGAUUUCCUCCUGCCGGGGAGGGGACCCCUAAAGCCCCCCGUGGCGACUCCUCUCGGCCCCGACCCCCCACCGGCACGAUUCGAGUUGGGAUUUUUGACCCGUGGCCCCGGCGGCCUCUCUGCCCGCCCCCAACCUGCGGGUUUAAAACGGGGGUCCCCGCCCGCCCGGGGGUAAGAAGCGAGGCCGGGGCGGCCCCCCGCGGCCCACCCCUCCGUCCCCGCCCGGCCGCGGGGACCUCGGCCCCCGCGAUCGACCGGGGACGCCGCCGUCGGACGGCGGUCUCCCCCGGAGGACCCUCGGGGGCUCUCGUUCAGGAGACGUCUGCCGGCCCGGGCCGAGGUCGGGCGGAGCGCGGCGGAGGGGAACGAGCCCCCCCGCCUUCGGCUGGCCCGGGAUUUAACCCGGAUCCAGCGUCGUCCUGCCCGUCCCCUCUCCUCUCCCGCGGGGAGAACGAGACGGGCCCCUCUCCCCAAGGCCCGGGGCAGGUGGCUUCUGCUACCGUCUCCCUUCUCGGCUCUGUCCGCUCCUGAUCAGAGGAUUUAAUUCGCUCCCUCUAUCCUCCCUCGCUCUUC